AUGAGACCCAUUCGUAUGCGUAUUUUCUCUGACUUUGUUUAUUUUCAUAUGAAAUUGAAUGAAUCAUAUGAUGAUAAAGAAAUAGACAGGAAAAAAUGGCAAAUAAUGAUUAAACAGGCACUUUCUCAGGGAUUUGGACUGGAAGGAGAAUCUAUUAUGAUUGAUAUUUUACAUUUAACAAAGGAUAAGUGUGUUUAUAUUCGCGUGCCAUCAAGAGAGGAGUCAAGAUUUUGGGUGGCAAUGACGGGAUAUUGUGAAAAAAACAUUCAAAUAUUGGGUGUAUCGGAUCAUUUAAUGGGUUUAAUUAAUAGAAGUCGAUUAGAAAAAAAUUUGCAUGAAAAAAAAAACAAUUAAAGGUUUUUAGGUUAAGUUGAAAGA